AUGGCCAAUGAAGAAGGUGUUAUGGCUAUAAUCAGAGCAAUACGACCUAAUUUUCGUAAUGCGCACGAUAAAAUUGUGUUUGCAGUACAUGCAAUGUUCUUGAAUUCUGGGUAUUUUCUAAAUGCAACAGGAUCUGCAGCUUAUUCAGACACCAUUCUGACUUCUCCACCUUCAGAUGAGAUUCCAAUCGUGGGGUGGAAUCAGAGUGAGGAUUCAUAUGGGUUUGUUUACUCGAAAGUUGUUAAGGCCGGUGUCAAGUACACAGUACUAGUCAAGUGUUUGGUCAUGGGAGAUUACUUGGUGAUUGAUUUUCUGAGCAGCAAGUACCCAGAUAAGGAACCUCUCGGGCUUCAAAUCAAUGUUAAUGAUUAUAACGGAGGAGGAGGAGACGAAAGGACGACAAAUUUCGCUAACCAGUAUAGGAAUUUUGAUGAGCUGGUAAAGAAGUUGGAUGUUAAGAUAUUCAGUAAGUUGAAUUUUGAGAUUUUGAUCAACCCUGGUAUCCAGAACUUGAUGAUGAUAACCUGGUUAAAGGAUCAUCCGAGUUUCGUAUUUUGA